GGGAGAGAGAACUGUUUUCUGGAUCAAAAGUUCGUUACUUGAGUCUGGUGUAAUUUAGAUGUUAUUGUUUAUCGCGUUGUUAUAUUAUCUUAGGUAGAUAAACAUAUUUAUUUAGCUUGAAUUUUUAUUUAGGAAAAAUGGAAUUGUCAGAUGAAAAUUUGAUUACACUGUCACGGUAUCUUCAGCAGACUCUUAGUCCAGAUAACAAUGUCAGGCGUCCAGCCGAGAAAUUUCUUGAAUCCGUUGAAGGAAACAAAAACUAUCCUUUGCUAUUACUUCACCUGGUAGGUAAAGGAGAAGUGGACAUCACCAUUCGAAUAGCUGGAGCUGUAGCUUUCAAAAACUAUGUAAAACGGAAUUGGAAAGUGAAUGAAGAUAUAAAUGACAGAAUUCACCAAGAUGACAGAGAGGCAGUCAAGCAAGUUAUUGUCAACAUGAUGCUGGUCUCACCCGAGGCAAUACAGAAGCAACUGAGCGAUGCCAUUUCCAUUAUAGGCAAAUCAGAUUUUCCAGAAAAGUGGCCAAAUUUGAUAUCUGAUAUGGUUGAAAAGUUUGCAUCAGAGGAUUUCCACAUCAUAAAUGGCGUACUUCAUACAGCUCAUUCACUUUUCAAGAGAUACAGAUUUGAGUUCAAAUCUCAGGCUCUGUGGACAGAGAUCAAAUUUGUUUUGGACAAAUUUGCAAAACCGCUCACUGAUUUAUUUGUGGCUACAGUGGAGUUCACUAAAACACAUGCCAAAACAGAUGCUGAGUUCAAGAUCACGUACAGCUCUCUGUUGUUGAUCACAAAAAUAUACUACUCACUGAGUUUUCAGGAUUUGCCUGAGUUUUUAGAAGACAAUAUGACAAUUUGGAUGGAUCACCUUCACUUCCUGCUCACAAAUGAGGUUGCAUGUUUAAAAACUGAUGAAGAUGAAGAAGCUGGGCUUUUGGAGCAGAUUAAAUCUCAAAUUUGUGAUAAUGUGGCCCUGUAUGCCCAGAAAUAUGAUGAAGAAUUUACACAGUAUUUACCGACCUUUGUAACAGAUGUGUGGAGUUUGUUGAUAAGUACUGGCAAACAACCAAAGUAUGAUGCAUUGGUGAGCAAUGCACUGCAGUUCCUGGCCACAGUCGCAGACCGGAACCACCACAGGCAUCUUUUUGAGGACCCCACAGUUCUUAGCAACAUUUGUGAGAAGGUUGUCAUACCAAACAUGGAGUUCAGACCCUCUGAUGAAGAACUGUUUGAAGACAACCCUGAAGAAUAUAUCAGAAGAGAUAUUGAAGGUUCUGAUGUAGAUACUAGAAGAAGAGCUGCUUGUGAUUUAGUGAAAGUUCUCUCCCGGUUUUUUGAGGAGAAGAUGAUGACAAUAUUUGGGCAGUAUGUACAGGCCAUGUUACAACAGUAUUCAGCAGACCCUGCAUCGUGGAAAGCCAAAGAUGCUGCCCUCUAUUUGGUUACUUCAUUGGCAAGUAGAGGACAAACACAAAAACACGGCAUUACACAGACAUCAUCUCUGGUUUCACUGCCUGACUUUUGUGCACAGCAUAUAAUGCCUGAACUCCAGAAACCUGAUGUGAACGCUGUCCCUGUGCUCAAGGCGGAUGCCAUAAAAUAUGUGAUGAUUUUCCGCAGCUUGUUACCCAGAGAAGUGGUGGUCGGAUCUUUACCGUUACUUGUCAGACACUUGCAAGCCAACAGUGUGGUUGUCCAUACAUAUGCUGCUUGUGCAAUUGAUAAAAUACUUCUCAUUAAGGAAAAUGAUAAAGCCAUUGUGAGCAGCGAAGACCUGUCGCCACUUGCUGCUGAGCUUCUUACGGGCUUGUUCUCGCGGCUCGACCAGCCAGGAUCAGAGGAGAAUGAGUAUGUCAUGAAAACAAUCAUGAGAUCCUUCUCUACACUGCAGGAGAGAGUGGUUCCUUUCCUGGGUGAACUCUUACCCAAACUCACUGACAAGCUGGGAAUCAUCGCCAGGAAUCCCAGUAAACCUCACUUCAACCAUUUUCUCUUUGAGACCCUUGUCCUGUCUAUCAGGAUAGUCUGCAAAACUAAUGUCGGAGCAGUUGCAAGUUUCGAAGAAGCUCUUUUUCCAUUGUUUCAGAACAUUCUUCAACAGGAUGUCCAAGAAUUUGUACCAUACGUGUUCCAAAUCCUGUCACUGUUACUGGAGCUGCACGGCCCUGGUCAGAUACCUGAGCCCUACCUGGCCCUGUACCCUUGUCUGCUGGCCCCAGUGCUGUGGGAACGCACAGGGAAUGUUCAUCCACUGGUGCGGCUACUACGAGCCUACAUACAUAAGUGUGCUCCACCACAGAUGCAGAGUGUUCUUAAAGUGAGUGGACUCCUCGGUGUGUUCCAAAAGAUGAUUGCAUCAAGAGCUAACGACCAUGAAGGCUUCUAUCUGAUGCAGAGUCUCAUCGAGCAUUGCCCUAAUGAACUGCUGUCACAAUACAUGAAGGACGUAUUCGUUCUGCUAUUCCAGAGACUCUCGUCGUCCAAGACGACAAAAUACAUCAAAGGUCUUCUGGUUUUCUUCUUUUUCUAUACCAUCAAUUACGGAGCAUCAAAUCUCAUACAGUUAGUGGACUCAAUCCAAGUACAAAUGUUUGGAAUGGUGAUCGAGAGGCUCAUGAUCCCUGACAUACAGAAGAUCUCCGGCUCUGUGGAGAGGAAGAUCACCGCAGUUGGCCUCACCAAGCUGUUGUGUGAAGCUCCAGAACUGAUAGACGGACCAUACUCUAGCUUUUGGACUCCACUACUGAAAGUUCUGAUUGGACUUUUUGAACUUCCUGAAGAUGAGACCACUUAUCAAGAUGAUCAUUUCAUUGAAGUGGAUGAAACGCCAGGAUAUGAAGUGGCCUACUCCCAGCUCGCUUUUGCCAGUAAGACUGACUAUGAUCCUCUGCAAGGUGUGGGAGACCCCAGACUACAUCUGGCACAGUCCCUGUCCAAGCUGUCCGUGGCAUGUCCCGGCCGUCUCAACCCCUUGCUACAGAACGGUUUGGGUGAUGCCGACCGGUCACACCUCCAGACCUACCUCAACGCAGCCAACGUCACUCUCAGCUGAACUCUUCCCCACUGGUUUCGUACCUUUGUAAUUACCAUUAGGAUUAAUUAUUAAGCACAUGUUGAACGUGUAAUACAACUUUAUUAAAUAAUUUUUAAUAAAAUAAACGUUUGUUAUUUAAUUAA